GCCUGGCCAAGCAGGCCCACGGCGCCGUGGCGGCUGAGGGACAGCACCUGUCGGUCGGCACGUCGUUCUACCCCAUAGACAACACCUACGUAGGGUUCUACGGCCAGAGCAAGAUAGACCACUGGCUGAGAGACGCGACCCCCCUGGUCUUCCUCAAGUCCAACGCGUACGCGGCGGACAAGGCAAACGGCAAGGAGGGGAUCGCGGGCCAGAGGAUCUUACACGUAUUUGAUUCGGCAUCGAUGGGUAUCAACGCAAGCAGCUGCAUGGGGUACACGCUUGGGCCACGGGACUUCACCACGUGCUACAACCCAGGCGCGGCCGAGUGGCUAGAGCAGAUCAGGACCGAGUCGCCAGAGCUGAUGCGCGUGCUGGGCCCCUACCUGAGUGCGGACGGCUCGGUCAGUGCUGAAGUGGAGCUCCGAGUACGAGCUGCGCAUACAGGCCCCUCGGCGGUGGAAUUCGUGCAGUUCGAUAUCGACGUUCUUCGGAGUGCAGGGCAUAGUGUGCGCAUACCGCACCCCCCUGGACUCGGCGGCCAGACGGCCAACAUCGACCCGCUCGACCCCUUUGCGGACCUAGAUGCGUUGAAGGACAAGCCGUGGCGUGGAGCUGGGUCGAACGGCAGUGGAGAGCCAGGCAGCGUAAGAGAAGAACUACGAGCAGUGCAACGACUCACGAUGUCCCUGGACUACCAGGUAAGAGAAAUAGGCGGGGUGCUCUUCGACACGUGUCUCAUCGGCAAGAACCAGUCAAUCCCGAGUGCGAUGGUCGAGUCGGGACAGAGCUACAACGCGGAGGUCUCGCGUCAGAAGAAGGGUCAUGGCCUCAGGUCUCCGUUCCCGCACAUAGCGUUGGCGAUGCUCGAGGCAGCGGUGAAGGUCGAGGGCAUAGAUGCGACAUACCAACAUGUUCUACAGGCCUGCUGCUCCGAGUGCAUGAAGGGACAAUUGUACACGAGCGAGAUCUCCGGCACGUGCAAGGCGAAGAUCACGGCCGCAGGAAAGAGCGAGGCAGAGGGCAAGGCCGUGCUGAAGAUAGCGCCGAAGCCGUUCGCCCAAGUGCCCAAGACCGACGGGAGCAGCUGCUGGUCGUCGAUCGAGGUGCGUGCAGCGCUGAAAGCAGUGCUGCGCAAGCAGGGCGCCGAGUUCCAGGUGGGACCCGCGCCGCGCGGGGACAUCGCGAGGGUGGUCCAGUCGCACAUCGGGCGGCAGAGAAGUGGUUGGUCAUGGCAUUUCGGGCGGCGCGUGAAGCAGCGCUCGACAAGGCUGAAGGCGAUGCGGUGGCAUGUCGUGGAGGCCUCGCACGCGCACUGCGGCGCGCACAACUGCCCCGCGGAGGGGCACCACGUCAUCGGCGAGUUGGACGAGGUGCUGUUGGCAUUCAGGCAGCGCCCGCUGGUGUCUCCAAGGUCGAGGACGCCAAGCGCUAGUUCCGUUCGCGCGGCCCUCAUGGAUGCAAGGUGGCCUUGGUGCUGGGGCGGUCGCCCAGGUGCAGGAACGGAGUGGCUCGUCCCCAGGGUGUGGCAGCUCGUGGAGGAGAUCCAGCAGCUCGCGUCCUUCGCCGUGGACAUCACCGUCGCAGGCGCCGGGGUACCGACCUCGCGCCCCAAGGGCGACAGCAGCCCCUAUGACGUGGCGCCGCGCAGGGCCUGCACUCCGGACAGGGCUGGCCUGGCCCGGGAGAGAGCCAAGCGCCAGGCGGCCGCUCGCUGCAGGGCGGAGGCCGAGCGCCAGGAGCUCCACGCGGAGGCCGAGCGACGGGCGGCCGCGUGCCGUGUCGAGGCGGGUGCCCAGCGUCGGGCGGCCGCCUGCCGCGCUGCGGAGGAUGCGGGAUGCCAGGCAGACGCCGAGUGCAAGGCGGGCGUCGGCGACGACUUCAAGGCUUGGGCGAUGUGCACCGCGCAGGCCAGCGCUGUGGGCGAGCAGAGCGUCCAGACAAAGGCACAGCAGCACGCGCUCCACUCAGCUGCACCGCGGCUGGCGGCUGGCGGCUGGCUCCCCGCGCUGUUCUCGCUUGUCGGUUGA